CUGCCCCAUGCCUCUAAAGUCGACAAAACAUCUCAAGAUACAUCGAUAUGGAGGGGAAUCUGCAGGCGCCAAGUAGUCGGCACUAUUUCUGCCUCAGAACUAGAUUUACCCUUAAGUGCGGACAAAGUGACAAGCUCACAAGGCUGUGACUUGAUCUGCAAUUACAACCUGCGAAUUGGUGGUGAAUUUUGGUUCCCUGGUUGUCUUCCAGAGUGGAAGGAAAUUCCUUUGCCAAUCACUCUUAAGCGAAGUGAAAGAACGACUGACCGGGAGUGGCCCCGCUACUCCUUCGAACCAAUGUUCCAAGCAGUGGAGGAGAUGAAUGCCCAACUCAAGUUUAACGAUGUAGAUAUUAUCUGCAAUCGCAAUUGUCUCAGAAGCUUACUGCGCUUCUGUUGUAUGGAUUCCUCACAGAGUUUCCAAGUCAACCUGCAAUUAGUUUACAAUACUUUGUUGAUUGAAAGCUAUAAUCCGCAUCCAUUUGUUGAUAAAGGAUUCGGUAGAGUAUUUGAAAACGUUUGCAGGAGUUAUCCCACUAGAAGGGUAGAAAGCUCAUCCCAUUAUUGCGCUCUACGCUAUCCUUUGGGAGAGCUGAGUUGUGUCGUCCGUUGCGAAGUCGACGCUUCUUACAAUGACCCGGAAAAGCCGAGCUGGACGUCUAAUAUUCGGACGAAAAAUAAAAAUGAAGCUAUGAGACGAGCCGGCCUGAAUCACCAGUCCACUGCAGCUGAACUCAAAUCGACUGCUUCUUCCAUAUCCCAAAGUAAAUGUAUGCCACAGCUAUGGUUCGGGCGAACUUCCUGGCUUAUUCGUGGCACUCAUUCGAACGGAACCUUUCACGAUGUAUCGAUCACUAACGCUGGGGCUUCUUUUAAUGAGUGGGAAGAAGAAAACCAGACCGAACUGCAGAGGUUGGUUAUGGUGCUCAAACAAUUGCGUGCCAUUACCCGAGAUUCUGGGGGAGGUCAAUGCGCUGCCAUCUUCGAACAGAGAUCGAAAUCCCGAGAGAUCAAGGUCUUUAGAAGGGCUGAGAAGUGGCAGGCGAUACCUGAACCCUUCAUAUUGAAAUUCUGGGACUCU